AUGAGGGGCACACAGACAGGACAUGUGUCGGCCGUGGACAAGAGCACCGGCAAAGAGAACAAGAUCACCAUCACAAACGACAAGGGCCGACUCAGCAAAGAGGAGAUUGAGAAGAUGGUGCAGGACGCUGAGAAGUUCAAAGCUGAGGAUGAAGUCCAGAGGAACAGGGUCAGUGCCAAGAACGCUCUAGAGGCCUAUGUGUUCACUGUGAAAAACAGCAUCCAGGAUGAGGCAGUGAGCAGCAAACUGAGCCAGGACGAUCGCAAGAAGCUGCUAGACAAGUGUGAUGAGACCAUGAGCUGGCUGGACAACAACCAGCUGGCUGAGGUGGAGGAGUACCAGCACAAGCAGAAGGAGCUGGAGAAAGUGUGUAACCCCAUCAUCAGUAAGCUCUACCAAGGAGCCCCACCCACAAGCACCUGCAGAGAGGAGGCCCGCGGAGGCUCUCAGGGGCCCACCAUCGAAGAGGUGGACUAAAGCAAUCAGACCUGAACUCUGGGACUGAAAUAUACUGUGGACUGUUAAAAGACUAGUUAUUACAAUGUACUGUAACUGUUUUGCUACUAAG